AUGCCCAAUCUUUUGAAAAAGGUAAGCCAAAUUUCACAUUUUUUAUUAAAAAUUUUGGAGCCAAAAAAUAAUAAGGAAAUAUUGAUCUUUCACCCGGAUCUAGAUCUUCAAAUUCCAACUCGCAUUCCAACAA